GUCCCGGGGGCGGCGGCGGGGCUCCGGCCCUGGGUCGGCCCGCGGUGUGACCCCAGCUGGGGUCGUCUUGGCUUUUCCGGGCCUUCGCGUCCUGCUGUGUAAACGCGGGUGAUGACGGCGCCGACGUCUUGGCGCUGUUGACACUGCCUAUCUCUAAAAUUAGAGCCUGGAAAGAGGACUCUGUUGGCUGUUGGAAAGUGCAGAGUAAUGUCUCAAGUCCUAUUUAAGGACUGUUGGCAGUCCUUAAAGGUUGGUAGGAGUCCCCAGCCUUUCUGACACCAGAGGUGACAUUUAGUGAUGUGGCUAUAGACUUCUCUCAUGAAGAGUGGGAAUGGCUAGAUUCUGCUCAGAGGGACUUAUACAAAGAUGUGAUGGUCCAGAAUUAUGAGAACCUGGCCUCUCUAGCAGGUCUUUCCAUAACUAAGCCACAUGUGAUCACGCUAUUGGAGGAUGGAAAAGAGCCCUGGAUGGUGGAGGAAAAACUGUCCAAAGGUGUGACUCCAGAUUGGGAAUCAAGAUGGACAAACAAGGAAUUAUCAUCAAAGAAGGAUCUUUAUGAUGAAGAUUCAUCCCAAACAGUAAUAAUACAAAAAAGUGUAAAACAAGGUUAUGAAUUUUCAAAUUCUACAAAGAAUUUGGAAUAUAUAGAAUGCAACACAUUUAGAAGCACCUGUUCUUCAAAGGCUACCCUUUCUGAACCACAAAAAAGUUCUGCUGAAGGGAAUUCACACAAAUAUGUAUUAAAGAAGAAUUUACCAAAAAAGUCAGUUGUAAAAAAUGAGAAAAUCAGUGGUGGAAAGAAACUUUUGAAUUCUAAUGAAAGUGGGGCAGCCUUCAACCAGAGCAGAUCUCUUACCCUUUCCCAGACUUGUGAUAGAGAGAAAAUCUAUGCAUGCAGUGAAUGUGGGAAAGCCUUUGGCAAACAGUCAGUCCUCAGUCGCCACUGGAGAAUUCAUACAGGAGAGAAGCCCUAUGAAUGUCAUGAAUGUGGGAGGACUUUUAGCCAUGGCUCAUCCCUUACACGACAUCAGAUAAGCCAUAGUGGAGAGAAACCUUACAAAUGUAUUGAAUGUGGGAAGGCCUUUAGCCAUGGCUCAUCCCUUACUAACCAUCAGAGCACUCACACUGGAGAGAAACCAUAUGAAUGUACGAACUGUGGAAAGUCUUUUAGUCGUGUUUCCCUUCUCGUUCAACAUUUAAGAAUUCAUACACAAGAAAAACGCUAUGAGUGUCGUAUAUGUGGAAAGGCUUUCAUUCAUAGUUCAUCUCUCAUUCACCAUCAGAAAAGCCAUACCGGAGAGAAGCCUUAUGAAUGUAGUGAAUGUGGGAAAGCUUUCUGCUGUAGCUCACACCUUACUCAACAUCAAAAAAUUCACACUAUGAAGAAAAAAUAUGAAUGUAACAAAUGUCUGAAAGUCUUUAGUAGCCUCUCAUUUCUUGUUCAGCAUCAGAGUAUUCAUACUGAGGAAAAACCCUUUGAAUGUCAGAAAUGCAGGAAAUCCUUUAACCAGCUUGAAUCACUGAAUAUGCAUUUGAGAAAUCACAUUAGAUUGAAACCUCAUGAAUGCAGUAUAUGUGGGAAAGCCUUCAGUCACAGGUCAUCCCUGCUUCAACAUCACAGAAUUCAUACUGGAGAGAAACCUUACGAAUGUAUUAAGUGUGGGAAAACCUUCAGCUGCAGUUCAAACCUUACUGUCCAUCAGAGAAUUCAUACUGGAGAAAAGCCAUAUAAAUGUAGUGAGUGUGGGAAAGCUUUUAGCAAAGUCUCAAAUUGUACCGUCCAUCAACGAAUACAUGAUGGAGAGAAACCCAGUAGUGUGGUAAGCGUGGGGAAAAACGUUUAGACCAUGUGAAUCACUAUACAUGUGAGAAAUCUCACAGAAGAGAAACUACAUGAAGCAGUAUUUGUCAUGGUAAAUUUCAUUCAUAGAUCCUCCCUUAUUUAACAUCAGGAGAAUUUAUACUGGGGAAAAGCUGUAUGAAUGUAGUGAAUAUGGGAAGUCUUUUAGCAAUGAUGCAGACCCUUUUGUUUAGCAGAGUUUAUACUGUAGGGCAAUGAUAUGAAGAUCAUAAAUGUGGGAAAGCGUUUGUCAGUAUUUUUUUUUUUUUGAGAUGGAGUUUUGUUCUUGUUACCCAGGCUGGAGUGCAAUGGCUCGAUCUCAGCUCACCGUAACCUCCGCCUCCUGGGUUCAAGCAAUUCUCCUGCCUCAGCCUCCUGAGUAGCUGAGACUACAGGCAUGCGCCACCAUGCCCAGCUAAUUUUUGUAUUUUUAGUAGAGACGGGAUGGUCUCGAUCUCUUGACCUCAUGAUCCACCUGCCUCAGCCUCCCAAAGUGCUAGGAUUAUAGGCGUGAGCCACCGCGCCUGGCAGCGUUUGUCAGUAUUAAUCCCUUAAUUGACAUAAGCAUACUCACACUAGGAAAAAACCAUGUACAUGUAGCAAAUACAGGAAAGACUAGGCAAUAGGAAUCUCUACAAACUCCCACAGGAAAGAAGCUGUGUGAAUGUAGAAAAUUUAGAAAUUGAGGGAAGUCUUCCGUUUUAAGAGCAUCCUUGGAGAGAAAUCUCAUUAAGAGAUGUAGCAAAGUGUUCACUAAGAGUGUUUAUCUUGCAGACAUCACAUGAAUGGUAGAACGACCUGGGUGAUUUAGGAAUGACAUGUAAAUCUCUGCAGUGCUAUUUUUAAACAGAAUUCUAUAAAAGAGCAAAUAAGCAUAAUUAAGUGUGCAUUUCUUAGAGCAGUAGUUUGCAGUUUUACUUGACUUCUACUUAGAAAUUCUUUUUAGCUAGUGGGCAUGUGAAGACAUUUAGUCCCCAGAGGAGCCAGUAAGUGUUAAAAAUGAAAGCUGCAAAAGCAAUAAAAUGGUGUGAAUCAAAGUUUCGGUAUCUAAUAAAAUCAUUUUGUCUAUCAUGUA